GUGCACGGCUGGAUAGAAAUAAAAAAACAACAACAAUCUCUCUCAACCUGUCAGAUAAUAUCCAAGGGGGAACCUGCGUGUAUGAAAUGUGUGAGUGAACAGACGCCUGUAACAUCUCUUUAAACAAACUGUAGUGCCUCAGAUGAGUGUGGAGGCUGAGAAAGGGAACAAACACAUCUCAUUUAGAUUAAUGAAAGGCUGUGCACUUGGCCACCAAAUGUUAUGAUCACGCUGUUUGAGGAGUGGCUUCUCUCACCGGAUGAACAAUAUAAUUUCUGCAAGGUGGCGCGCUCCGGUCUCUUAUUAUUCUAGCCACUGUGCAAUAUUAAAAUUCCCACGCAUUUAAUUCUGUAAAUACAUGGUUUGCAGAUGUAGGCAGCUGGGACACACCCAUAGAAUAGAUGAUAUAGGCCCUCAAAUGGAUUUCACCUGCCUUCAAACAAGUGCAAUUACGCUGCAUGAAAUGCAGAAAUGAAAUGUUGUGUUUUCUGGUUAUUUUGUUGUUCGUCUUAAUUCCCGGUUAGUUUGAAUUCCCCUUGUUCAUAAAGUAAAAGUGCAAAGGCCAAGAAUUUUGCUUGAGUGCAGUUUAUGCAGCGAGUGCAGAGCUGUGUGCAUGUCGAGUCUGUCUGUUUUAGUUAGUCCACGGUUCACCUGCAGGAGGAGCUGUGGCUCGCUGCAGCCUCCCUGGAGCAGAAGAGAUAGAUCCCUCUUUUUCUCCUUCAGUGGCAUGAUUAAUAUCCCCAGUGCGGGAGAGAGAGCAUAUCAAGAGGCGAACGGGAAGGGGAGAGAGAGAUAGCAGCCAGUGUGACAGAUCAGAGCGUGGCAGAACUUGUCUCCCUGACUGCUCCGUGGGCUGGGGGAAGAGAGAGCAAGUGCACCAGAGUGUCAGGCUAGGCUGCUGCCUGCACACACACAAACACACUCACUCACACACACAUCCACAGACCCCUCAGCCCAGCAGCUGCACCAAAAGAAGUUCAGAGAGAAGACUGACCUCAAGAAGGUACAGUAGGUGGGUUCGGCAGAAGUUUCGGGUGUGUGGAUUCACUCGACUGUUAUGGCUUUCCUCAAACCGAGGCUUCUUGUCCUGUAGAGGAGUGUGUGUGUCUGUUUCCCGUCCAGAAGAACUUCUCGUCUCCCGCUGCCUGCCUGAGGGAGGAUGGAGAAGCUGUCAGGGAAGGACAAGGAGCUGAUCCGAGGCAGCUGGGAGAGCCUGGGCAAGAACAAAGUUCCUCACGGUGUCAUCAUGUUUUCCAGACUGUUCGAGCUGGACCCUGGGCUCCUCAGUCUUUUCAACUACAGUACAAACUGUGGCUCCACACAAGACUGCCUCUCCAGCCCAGAGUUCCUGGAACACGUCACUAAGGUGAUGCUUGUGAUCGAUGCAGCAGUCAGCCACCUGGAUGACCUUCACUCCUUGGAGGAGUUUCUGCUCAACCUUGGGAGGAAGCAUCAGGCCGUGGGCGUCGAAACGCAGUCAUUUGCUGUGGUGGGCGAGUCCCUUCUCUACAUGCUGCAGUGCAGUCUGGGCCAGUCCUACACGGCACCGCUGCGCCAAGCCUGGCUCAACAUGUACAGCAUUGUGGUAACAGCCAUGAGCCGAGGGUGGGCCAAGAACGGCGAGGACAAGGCCGACUGAGGCGGACACAGCGGGAGCCGCUGAGCAGUCGCUCUCAAAUCACUCAACAUGGUUGCCAUGGAAGAAGGUUGUGAAACUUGCAGCAUUGUGGCUUUGGCUGCUGUACAUUUGCUCAGUGAGUGGGGUCGCAUAGCUUAGCGAAUGUAUGGUGUGGUCACACUUAACAAUUGGAUCGACCUAUCGCAGGGUUAAUUUUCUUUGCCACGGAUGUUUAGCUACUAGGCGAUGCAGUGGGAAUCUCAGCUGGCCUGCUCUGGUCCCCUGAGGUGGGACCUGUAGCGACGAGCUCCUCACACAGAGAAUAAGGAUAAGGUUUACUCCCUGUUUAUAAUGGCUUUGAUAUAUAUUCUCAAAUGAUACCAGUGACUUUAGUGGUCUUUGUGCUGUAUCAUAUAAGAGUGGCACAAAUUGUGAAACAGUAGAUGUUACAUUUAGGCAUCACACACUGUGCAAACUGUGAUGAUUACUGUGGGCAGUAAGGCAGCUCUCUAUCCAACUGGAACACAGUGAUAUUUCAAAACACACGUCAAAACUUUUGGGACAAAGCAAUGUGAUCUCACAGAAGAAAACCCUAUCACCAUAAUCACAAUCACCACUGUGUUUUUUUUUUAGUUGAAUAUUGCACAUGAUUACACCUCUUUUUGUGUGUGUGUGUGUGUGUGUGUGUGUGUGUGUGUGUGACUUUGUUAUCUGACAUUUAACCUAUUGAUGAUACAAGCAUAGCAACAUUUAGAAGGGAUCUUCAAUAGAUACUGACAAGAACUGUUACACUCCAAUAGCUUUCUUCAGUGAUCUCUGACUGUUAAGGCGUCCAUGUGCACCUUUUUUUCAACAUGGCGUGAGUGUUGCUCUCUCCUGUAGAGGUCGUGAGUAUUUCAAUAGGCUUCAGCUGAUUGUUAAACUCUAACUUGUAGACUGUUAUGUGACCUUUAGAGUUUAGAAGGAAAGGGCAUCUCGGAGGACUUAUAACGUCUUUGUUCUUUGGCUUUCAGUUUCCCGGCAUUGUUAGUGUAAAGUGGUUUUGUUGUACUGUAGUUGUUAAUUUUAUGUGAUUUUUUCAACUGUUGUGGCUACAAACGUAGUACUGCCUCGGCUUUUGAGCUGCAGAUAAGCAGCCAGAGUGGCAAGUGUCUCUCCAACACAGUGUCCACAUGGAAGUGAAAUUAAUUUGAUUUAUGUCUUAAUUUAUUACCCACAGAACAAAUAAUAUAAAGACACUGUGCUCUGACAUCGUCCGAUAUGUGUGUAUUAUCAUUAUUAUUGCUGCCAUAACACUGUAUGUAUCAUGCUAUGCUGUUAUUUACAUUCAUGGUCAUAUUGCCAAGUAACUUAGCAACAGUGCGCCAAGUAUUAGAUAAUAACACCAUACAACUGUUAAUCCAAGCUGCUGAUAUGUGGUUAUUAUCGCUUUAGUUUGAUUUUACAUUUAUAAAGUUUAUUUUUAUAUUCUGAAAUGUGUGUACACUAUAUCCUCCAGAAAUAUAAACCUGUGUUUAUGACCUGUUAAUGAAUCCAUAGAAGAAAAACGAAUACGCAAAUUGACUCCUUUUAAGCAGGUUUCAUUUAAUCAAUAUAAUGGAAAUAUUAUCAACCUCUAAAUGUGUGGUCCUUUCAUAUUAUGAUAAAAGCAAGAGUUUUCUAUUGAGGUACUUUAUCCCUGCAUAGUCUGUUCAGUCUGUACAUUCCAGCCCACAGGUAUAAUGUUUGUUCACUGAUUGUGUAGGUGGUGUAUUUUUAUAGUGACUUUCCUUGUAUCAGUACACAGCCAUAUGCAGGUUGUUGUUCUCCAUGUCUCUAUUUUGAAUUUACCGUAGGUCUUUUUUCGCAGGCAUUACUGACAACUGGCAUGUUAUCCCGUGAACAUCCAGCUCUGUACAUAUUGGGUGUGUCACUGUCUACCUCAUUCUUAUCAGCUGCUACUGAACCUCGAUGACUUCACCUAGUUAUCCUUCAGCCAAGAAAGAAAAUGAAAAAAAACGCACAUUAUUAGAGUUAAUAUAACAACGCAGUCUUUGCAACCUGGAUUUCAUCCUCCACUUUCAAGAGAAAUAUGUUGUGUCCUUACUCGAGACUAAAUAAAGUGAUCUGUGGAUAUUUUAUUGCU